AGCCACGAAUGAAUGGCCAGAAGCUUUAGUACUGAAAAGGUCGUGGAUUUGUGUAGUUGUCGUGCUCCGUUGCCGCCGUUUGUCGUUCUCGUUCCCGUUGUCGUGUUGUCGUUGUCGUUGUCGCUGUCGUACGGGCAUCGCAUCGCAUCGCAUCGACUCACAUCGCGUAGCCGCAGUGUUGACCGUCCGCAUCCGCAAACUGGCGAACGAAGCAAUUGGGCUGGAAAUCAAGAAACAAGUGCCAGCCAAGCUCUUCGAAGGUAUAUCUCAAUCGGUUAUCGCAAUUGUUGAAUGCUGAAUAUACAACAACCAAAUAAAAAUAGUAAAACGUCAAGCGAGACGAGAGUGCACGUGCUAGAAGUAGAAGUAGAAACAUCUCAAACGCCUGCGUUAAGUUUCUGAAUGUGUUGUUAUGCAAAUCGCGUCCUUUUUGGCUUGAGGCAACAAUACAGUGAGUGUGUGUGAGUGAGUGAGUGCGAUUGGGAGCGUGUAUGUGUGUGCCGCAGUUACAGUGUACGACUAUAUAUGUGCGCUUGUGUACGCGCCCACAAUGCAUAAAUCAAAAUACACAUUAUUGAGUCAUAAAUAAAGUUCGCAUCGGCUGCUACUUUAAAUAUUGGCCUCGCGGCUGGCGGCGAUUCGAAGACGAGAAAGUUAGCAGCACAAGCAAAGCAAAAGCAAGGCCGACGAAAUCGAAAUUUAUGCCUCGCACCCGCCAAAUACUUUGCCAUAUUUUUUGCUCAAUUGCCUGCCGCUGCUCCUCCAACUCCUUCAGCUCCUUUUGAUAUGAUGUGUGUGCGUCUCGCUGGCUGCAUAAAAACUCGCUCAACGCCAACACGCCCUCUACAGGAGCAAUAAGCAAUAAGCACAGCAGCAGCAACAAACAACUCCAUUUCCUAACCCCUGCGGGCUGAUUUUAUUACAAAGACCGUAAAAAACGCCAAAAAGCGGAGUAAACGCCACAGCAAAAGGAUACAAUACGGCCAGAACAGGGUUAUCACUCGAAGAGGAAAGGACACGGCAAAGCUCCAGGAUGCGAGGCAAAAGGAUUUGAAAUUACAUUUUUAAUGCCGAGCGGGCAAGAAAAAGAGCGCGAAAUGAGCAGCACGUGCGCGCUUUAUUUUAAAUAUUUAUAAACAAACAAACACACACACUGUGCACGAACACACGCGCACACCUACCAACACACUUAUCCACACACACACACACAUAUUUAGGUGACCAAAGUUAAGCCUCGUCAAAUUCUAUUAAAAAUUCAUCUUAACGGUUAUGCGUUUUGUACAAACAGUCGAGCGGCUAAGGAGCCGGGCAAAAAAUGUUUGUAAAUAUUAAAAUGAAUUUAUGUGCAGAGCAAAAGUUUUUAAUUAAGUGAAAAGCGAAAAGCCGAGUGGAAACGAUAAAAACGCCCGGCCAAACAGGAAGGAAUCAUCGAGCGAGUGAAUUAGAGCAACGAGCUUACAUAUUUGAAGCGAUGUUCGAGCAGCCAGAACCCAAUUUAUUUGCAUACCUAAUGCCCGUGCAGUGAGCCUCGGCAAAUUGCGAAGCCCAGCGCAGAAUACUAACCAAACAGUUAUCACCAAUUGGCCAAUCGGAUCGGGAGCAGCCAGCUAUAACCAUGUCCUUCACCGGUCCAAUCCUUAUAUGCCUGAUCAUGGGAGCCAUUACCCAUGCCAAUUCGCACGAGCAUGCCGAUGGCUUCAAGCCAGAUGGCGAAAUCCUGCGCGUCCUGGUGAACAGCUCGGCACAAAUCAAAUGCGAUGUGGGCUCCAGCCAGGCCGAUGACAAAGUGCUUCUGGUUGUUUGGUACAAGAAUAAUUUACCCAUUUACAGCUACGACACACGUGGCGCCCACGCUGGCACCCCAUCCCAUUGGCGUGACGAGGAGGUCCUUGAAGAUCGGGCCGUAUUUCGAACGCACAAGGAGCCGGCGGAAUUGAUUAUAAAUCCGGUUAAGGAAAAGGAUGCGGGCAACUUUCGGUGUCGCGUGGACUUCAAGCUUUCGCAGACCCGCAACAGCAACGUCAAUUUGGAGGUUGUCGUGCCGCCAACGCAGCCGAUUAUCUUCAAUGAGCGCCGCCUGCGAAUCGAUUCGAGAGCAGGUCCUUACGAGGAAGGUGGCAGCCUGGAAGUCACCUGCGUUGUUUACGGAGGCUCUCCGCCGCCGACAGUCAUCUGGCUGAUGAAUGGGCAGCUGCAGAACAGCGUCGUCGAUUACACAUACGAUGGCGCCAUCAACAGCAAGCUGGUGGUUCGCAACCUGUCAAGAAUACACCAGCAUGCGGUCUACACCUGCCAGGCCAGCAAUUUCCACAAGAAAUAUGUGGCCACCAACAUAACGAUCGACCUCUACCUGCGCCCUCUGUUGGUGGAAAUCAGCUUCAACAAUCAGCCGAUGUCAGCGGAUCGAAAGUAUGAGAUCGAGUGCCAGGCGAUCGGAUCGAGGCCACCGGCCAAAAUCACCUGGUGGAUGGGCAAUCUCGAGCUGCAUGGUCACAGCCAGAAGGUUUCGGAGGACGGCAAUGUCAGCACUUCGGUGCUUUCGAUCACACCCACCAGAGAAGACCAUGGCAAGGCUUUAUCCUGCAGGGCAACCAAUGAACUCGUUCGAAAUGGCAUUCGAGAAACGGCCAUGAAGUUGAAUGUGUUCUUCAUUCCCACCUUGCAGCUGGACCUCGGCUCCAAUCUGAAUCCGGAGGAUAUCGAGGAAGGCGAUGAUGUCUACUUUGAGUGUAAAGUGCAUGCAAAUCCGGCUGCUUAUAAAGUUGUAUGGAAGCAUAAUCACCAAAUCAUUCAGCACAACCAGCGAGCGGGCGUGAUUGUCAGCAGCGGAGAUCUGGCGCUCCAGGGCGUCACUCGUCACCAGGCUGGAAACUACACCUGCACCGCCUCGAACGUGGAGGGCGAUGGGGACUCCAAUGUGGUCGAGCUGAAAGUGAUGUAUAAACCAAUUUGCCGGCCCGAUCAAAAGAAAAUCUAUGGAGUGGCGCGAAACGAGGCCGCCGAAAUAGUGUGCGAAGUGGAUGCCUUUCCGCCGCCGGAGAACUUCAAGUGGUCCUUCAACAACACGGCGGAGACCUUCGACAUGCCGCAGAGCGGCUUCCGGCCCCAUUCAGCCCAGGGUUCAACCCUCACCUACACGCCCGUCAAGGAAAUGGACUUUGGCACCAUCAUGUGCUGGGCCGACAACAAUGUGGGUCAGCAGAAGGAGCCCUGUGUGUUCCAUUUGAUAGCCGCUGGCAAACCGGAAGCGCCCACCAAUUGUACGGUGGUCAAUCAAACGUCCGACUCGCUGGAGGUUUAUUGCAUUGAAGGAUUCGACGGCGGAAUGCGGCAGUGGUUCCUCAUGGAAAUCUUCGAUCAGCACAGUGGUCAGCUCCAGGCCAACAUCAGUGCCAAGUUUGCGGCCCUGAGUGUUACGGGUCUGGAUGCAGGUCGUCUCUUCGGGAUCUAUGUGUAUGCCGUCAAUGGACGAGGACGCAGCGAUGCCGUUGCCCUCGAUGGAUACACUUUGAAGGCGGCCGAAAAGCAGACCGUUGCCUUGACCUCCUACAAGGGCAGUGCCCAGAGCCCCGACAACUUUGAGCUGACACCGAUCCUGUCGAUUGGCAUCUUCGUGGGCAUCCUGGUUGCCAUCGUGUGCAUCGGAAUCGGCACAAUUGCCGCACUGAAGCUGCGCUCGCACAAGCAUCAGCAGCAGCAGAAAUUCGUACAUCCCAAUGCGAAAUUCUCACGUCCGGGCAAUUUGCAAAUUAAGGACAAAAUCUCAUUGCCAUUGAGUCACUCCGAGGAGAUGUACGACGAGAAGAAUCCCGAUGUUGUGCCCUACAAUGAGGUUGAUGGCGAAUAUAAACAAAAAUCAGCAACACAAACGCCAUCGGGACAUCUCUCGACGACCAGCGAGGUGGAAAUCAGCUGCAAGCCGGGCUCAACAUCCGGCACCGGAAUCGUCCAGGCCAACUCGGCGGACAGUGGCACCUAUCAGAGCAGCAAGGACGAUGAGCUGCACUACGCGGAGCUGUCGCUGACCAACAUGCCAUCCGGCAGCAGUGGCGCCUCCAAGAAGGGUCAGUCCCUGGGCGGGGUGGGGGUGGUGCAGCACGUGGUGCAGCAGCAGCAGCAGCAGGGGCAGGUUCAGCAUCCCCACCCGAUGCUGGGUGGCACCUUGCCACACGGCUCCAGUAUGCGGAAGCUGCUGCCCACCAUUCCGGCGACGGCGACGCUGCAGCGCCACAAGCCAAAUGCGGGCGGAAUGCAGCAUCCGCAUCAGCACGCUCCGCCGCCCACGUACGACUACGAUUACUUUGAGGAGCCGACGAUAUAUGCGCAAAUCGAUGCGUACAAGACGAUGCAGGUGGACACAGGAACAGGUGUGGCAGGUGUCGGCGUCGGUGGAGCAGGAUCGGGGGUCAACGGUGCGGGGGCAAGCAUCUCAUCGCCGGGGUCGCAUGGCACUCCCUCGACGGUGUCGCCUGGCACCGUGCAAAUGUACACCCUGCCCCAGCAUCCCGGUGGCUACCACACACUGCCGCACAAUCAUCACGCACAGCAGCAGAUGGCGGGCGGUCCGCAGAACUCCGCUUCGAUGAUGCAAAUGAUGCAGCAGCAGCAGCAACAGCAAAUGCACCACCAUCCUGCGUCCAACAUGCCGCCCUCCUACCAGCAACACCAGCAGCAACAGCAGCAGCAGCAAAUGGCCCAUGGCCAGAUGCUGGUAUCGAGCAACAGCAGCGGAUUGGCCUCCACCACGGCGGCCGUGGCCAGUCCCAGUAGCUCAUUAUCGGGACUCUCGGGCGUGGGCAAGUCCUAUUCGCGCGAAAUAGUCACCGUUCGCACCCCGCUCAUGUACUCGCAGCAGGAGAGCUGCGUCUAAGGUCUCCCUGGCAUCUCAUGGAUUUCUCCAAGUCCAUAUGCCCAGCCCCGAUUCCCUAUUUAGCUAGUCAUGUAAGUCUUGAGCUCUUCGUGGUUGGUGUCUAGGCUAAGUGUUGCCAAAACGAAUUGAAGUGAAUUGCAGCGUUCUGAAGAAUUGAAGCGAAUCGUUUGUGUGCUCGUCGAGGAACUGAAUAUAUUUUAAUACAAAGCUCAUACAAAGGCUGCCACAAAUCUUCUGCACCUAGCAUUACAUUCCUAAAAUAUAAAUAGUUCGGUUAACUUAUCAAUGUGCAACCAUUAAGCCCAAAUUUAUAAUUCAAUCCCCAGUUAUACAUGCUUAAUUUUCUAUAUGCGGCUGCUGCGGUCGUAACAUAUCACGUGAUUAUAAUUUAGGUGUACAUACGAACAAAAAUGUUUAAUUAAUGCGUCAUAAAAAUAUAACGAUUAUUUAAAACACCCAAGCUGUAAUAUAAAUAAAUCAAAAUUCAAUGCGGAGAAUUAACAGAAACGAGAAGAUAUUCAGAGCUCAUAAUUUAUAUCAAAUUUUGCACAGAUUGCAACGUUUUUGAAUGCAGGCAGAGAAAUGGGGCGUUAAUUUUUGUAGCUAUACUUUCAAACAAUUUAAACAAAAGAGUAAUGCAGCAGAAGAAGAUUGUUCCUUCCUUACAGUAAGUACUCAGAUGGACACACAGCCUACGCCAUAUUUUUUCAUCAGAUUACUACACACUAACGAGAAGUAUAUAUUAGUUUCGAAGGGUACUUUGUAAAUGUUUGUAAAUGUCAGCUGAACAGUAUGGAGCUGCAAUUUUUAGGAAUUGGGCUCAAUGAACGCAUACAACUAGAAUAAAUUUAGUAAGUAUAUCCUUGACAUAAUAAUAAUAGACUUAAAGCUCACACUCACUCAACCGAAGAUGGGCGAGCAAUGCGAAAGCGCACCUUCUUGGCAAUUAUAUUGAAAAUUAAUUACAUUAUUCGAAUAUAUGGUAAACAAUAUAAAUAAAACGAACACUCACACCCCAACAGACACUCAUACACAAACACACACAAGCAAAUUAGCUGCAAUUAGCUUAGCAUAAAUGAAUACUAAGUAUUAAUGUGUAAAUAGCAAAAUCGUAAAUCAAAUGUAUUACAGAACCCAAAAGCAAAUCAAACAGAAAAGCUGCAAAUUAAUGAAUGUAAAUUAGUUGCACAUUCUAACCAAAAAACUCCCAAAGACUAUAAAUAACAAAAAGAAAACACAACAAGGACCUAUGGUUGGUAUGUAAAGUUUGAAAAUAACUAAAAUAGCAAAACCAAGAAAAACAAGUGGGAAUGUUGUUGUUUGUAAAUGGCAUUUAUAUAUCAAAUUGUAUUUUUUCUCUUCAAUGUUUGAACUGUGAAAAGGCAUAAAAGUAACAAAAUAAAUGCACAUUGUAAAUUAUUGUUACAUUUUAAUAUUUACGUUUUUAGUGAAUGGAGGAGAGAACACACACUAACAAAGCAGAAAUCAAUACUUCUAUAAAGUGUGUAUAAAACCAAAAGUUGAGCCGUAAGUGUAAUAGACAGAUUAUUGGCCCAGCACGGCAAAGGCAAUUUCCAUUUCCAGCUAGUUAAGAUGAAAAUAAGAAAAUCGAAAAAACAAACUAAAAAAAGAAACCAGUGAUUUCUCUUACAUCAAUUAGAACGAAAUGCAAACAAACGUGCAUAUAUGGUUCGGUCAUCAUCAUCAUGUAUGCGUAUAUUUCUGCAUGUAAGUGUUCCAACCAAUCUGAAUAUAAACUAAGUGUAGCUAAUUUAACGUCUAAACGAAGCCAUAAAAGAUAAUUGUAAAAUAUAUUAAUGAUUUAGUUUAAAGCCAGGCAUAUACUCUACAAAUGAAUUAUGAAUGUAUGUUAUGAUUAAGCACUCGAAACGAUAUGGAAAAUACCCCUGCCCUAUCCCAAUGAAUACAAGGAAUACAAUAAUAACUUGAGACACAAGAAACAAACUGAACAGCAAACAACUGAAUGAACUCAACCAAAUAAAUCCAUACAAAAUUUCAAUGAAAA